GAGAUUAACGCGGAUCGGGUGGAGGAGGAGGAGGCAUGUCUUGAGCAGAAACUAAAAAAAGCACACGCACACACACACACACACACACUCACACGCACGCACGCACACACACACACACACACACACGCACGAGCACACAGAGGGUAGCCGAUCAAUAAUCUGGUUUUUUGCAAACCGCAGCAUGGGAGCGCGUGUCACAUGCACUUGCUAGGCAAAAGCAGCAGAGGAGGAGGUGGUGGAGGAGGAGAAAGAGGAGGAGGUGGUGGAGGAGGAGGUGGAUGAUGCUGCGGCAAGCGAUCUACGGCGCGCUCAAAGCCUCGUUCUACUGGCUCGGCUUGUUCGUGAGCCGGCACCCGGUGUUCUUCCUGACCGUGCCCGCGGUCCUCACGGCGCUGCUGGGCGGCGCGGCGCUGCGUGGAUUCGCGCCCGAGGCUGACCUGGAGCGGCUGCUCGCGCCCGCGCACAGCCUCGCCAAGGUCGAGCGGCGCCUCGCCGACAGCCUCUUCCCGGUGGAGCGCUCCAAGCACCGCCUCUACUCGGACCUGCACACGCCGGGCCGCUACGGCCGCCUCAUCUUGCUCGCGAAGCGCGGCGCCAACGUGCUCGAGCUGGCCGAGCAGGUGCUGCGCGUGCACCGGCACGUGCUGGAGCUGCGCGUCGCGCAUCGCGGCUUCAACUACACGUUCGCGCACCUCUGCGUGCUCGACGGCCAGCGCGAGCCCCGCCGAUGCGUCCUCGAUGAUAUAAUCGCGAUCUUCGAGGACAUCCGCGAGGCCAUUCUGAACAACAACACGUUCGCUAAAGUGCCAGUGAGCUACCCGAACACCACGUUAAGGGAUGGCCGAGUGGCAUUUAUCGGACACCAGCUGGGCAGUGUUGUGCUGGCAUCACAUGGGCGUGAGAGGCAUGUCAAGUCGGCACGAGCUGUCCAGAUCACUUACUACCUACGUCGGCUGGCUCCCACAGUGCAGGAUGCUAUUGCUGAAAAAUGGGAGAGCGAGUUUGGCAAGAUGGUGCAACAUUUAGCAACAGCCAGCCCUGACCUGCAUGUGCAGGCAUUAACAUCGUUUGGUCUGUGGCGUGACUUUCAUGCUACAGGUGCACUGGCGAAGGGCGAGGUGCUGGUGGGCCUGGUGCUGGUGCUACUGGCUGCCACCAUCUCCAGCUCUAUGCGCGACUGUCUCCGUGGUAAGCCCUUCCUGGGGCUGCUCGGUGUGCUCACUGUCUGCAGCGCCAAUGUCACCGCUGCUGGCAUCUUUUUCAUCUCGCAUGGCAAGUUCAACUCCACACUGCUCGGUAUCCCCUUCUUUGCGAUGGGGCAUGGAACCAAAGGAGUGUUUGAGCUCCUGGCUGGCUGGAGAAGAACCCGAGAGAGUCUGCCCUUCAAAGAGCGAGUGGCAGAUGCCUUUGCUGAUGUGAUGGUAUGCUACACCAUGACAAGUUCAUUGUAUAUCAUCACGUUUGGCAUGGGCGCCAGUCCUUUCACCAACAUCGAGUCCGUGAAGGUGUUCUGUCAGAGCAUGUGUGUGGCCAUCCUGGUAAAUUACUUCUACGUCUUUUCUUUUUAUGGCUCCUGCCUGGUGUUUGCUGGCCAACUUGAGCAGAACCGCUACCACAGCGUUUUCUGCUGCAAAAUCCCCUCAGUAGAAUACCUGGACCGCCAGCCCACAUGGUUCAAGACCAUGAUGAGUGAUGGCCAUGAUCUCUCCACACACCAUGACAGUAUGCCCUACCAGAAUCACUUUAUUCAGCACUUUCUGAGGGAGCAUUACACAGAGUGGAUUACUAACACAUAUGUCAAGCCCUUUGUGGUCAUUCUCUACCUGAUUUAUGCCUCGUUUUCAUUCAUGGGAUGUUUACAAAUCAGUGAUGGCUACAAUAUAGUGAAUUUAUUAGCCAGCAAUUCACCCAGUGUGUCAUUUGCCCUGACCCAGCAGAAAUUGUUCAGCAACUAUAGCCCAGUGAUAGGAUUCUACAUCUAUGAGCCCAUUGAAUACUGGAACUCCACAGUACAGGAGCACCUCAAGACACUAGGGCAGGGUUUCAAUAAGAUUUCAUGGAUUGAUAAUUACUUUAAUUAUUUGAAGGUCACAAAUGUCAGUGCAUCAACCAAAAGUGAUUUCAUAAAUAUUCUCAAGACUUCAUUUCUAAGGAGACCAGAGUAUCAGCACUUCACAGAAGACAUCAUUUUCUCAAAAAAUGGGGAUGAGUAUGACAUCAUUGCAUCCAGGAUGUACUUGGUAGCCAGAACCACAGAGAAGACAAGGGAGGAGGUGGUGGAGCUGCUUGAGAGACUCAGACCCCUCUCUCUUAUAAACAGCAUCAAGUUCAUUGUCUUCAACCCCACCUUUGUGUUCAUGGACCGCUACAGUUCCUCGGUUGUCUCCCCAAUUCUAACAUCAGGUUUCAGUGUCCUGACCAUCCUAAUCCUCACUUUCUUCCUUGUCAUUAACCCCUUAGGGAACUUCUGGUUGAUUUUGACCGUCACCUCUGUGGAGCUGGGUGUCCUAGGCCUCAUGACACUCUGGAAUGUAGAUAUGGACAGUAUCUCUAUCCUGUGCCUUAUUUAUACUCUCAACUUUGCCAUGGAUCACUGUGCCCCUCACCUCUACACAUUUGUACUGGCCACCGAGCACACCAGGACUCAAUGCAUCAAGAUUUCGCUCGAAGAGCAUGGGGCAGCCAUUUUACAGAAUGCCUCAUGCUUUGUGAUUGGGAUAAUGCCCCUGCUCUUUGUGCCUUCCAACCUGACCUACACACUGUUCAAGUGCUCGUUACUCACCACAGGAUGUACAGUGCUGCACUGUUUCAUCAUCCUCCCAGUGUUCUUGACUUUUUUCCCUCCCUCCAAGAAAAGGCACAAGAAAAAGAAACGGGCAAAGAGGAAAGAACGGGAGCGGGAGCGGGAGAGGGAGGAGAUUGAGUGCAUCGAAGUCAGAGAUAACCCUGACCAUGUGACCAGUGUCUGAGAUGUUUGUGUGAGUGUAACAGGGAAUGUCCCGUCCAGUAGGACGAAAUUACAUGUAGCAUUUCACAGGUCAUGGGGGUCAAAGUGGAUCCACCUUUUCAAGUGGGAUGACCCUCAACAACUCCACUAAUCAUCCAGACUAGUACAUAGCAUCUGCCUGCUUCUGUUGCCAGGUCACCUGUUAUUUGGGUAAGACAAAAAUUGGAAGUCUGGGAAGUAAAGCCUGCAGUUCAUGUUAAAAUUAUCGCACGAGCUGCUAAAAAAUGGGGAGUUAUUUCUGAGAGUAGAUAGAGAGAGUAGUACUAAUACUAUUAAGUAUUAAAUUGUCCAAAAUUGUAGCCUAUGUCCUAAAUGUGGCCAGAAAUCAAUAUGUUUAUAAAUGAAAGGCUGAAAAUAAUAUAUUUAAGAUUACUGAAAAUCCUGUGUGCUGAAUAUGUAUUUUUAUUAGACAAAAUGUAUAGACUUGGAAUUCAGUAAUUAUCGUCCUGGUUAUCAAAUAUGUGCAAAAGCUAAUGAGCAAGCUUUCAUAAAUGUAGCAUGACUUUAAGUUUAUUGAAUAGUUGAGCAGAGCAGAUGUUAUACACUGUCCAUUCUACACAAAUGAACAGGAAGGUACAAUUUCAUGACACUACAUUGGAACAAGAUGUCCUUUGUAAUUUGUCUAUGUUUCCAUCCCUUUUGCAGCAUACUGAAGGUGUAAUACAAGAACCAACAAGCAUGUGCUGAGAAUUAACCAAAUGUUUCAAGUCAUUUUAUAUGUCCAGAAUAGUAGCUGAAUUUAUGUGGAUAAAUGGACAUUACAAUAGACAUGGUAGUGACAUUGAAAGUGGCAGUGAAAGAAUUUUUCCAAAUUAUUACCAAUUACAGUCAGCAGCAGCCUUUGUUUAUUCACCCACAUUAACAUUCUGCUUUUUUUCCUUUCUUUUUUUAAUAAAGUGACUUACUAGUAAGACAGUAUACAGUCCAAGCAUCUAUCUUAAAGAGCUGUCAGCAAUGCCAGUGUUAUAGAAUUAGAUACGCACCAGUUGACAAGAACAAUGUGCAAAAUAGCUGUAGGAAGAACACAGGCUGCAGGAACUAAACACAGUAGUUGGAAUAAUUGCUAGAACAUAGAGAACAAUGAAUAUUAGGUACAUAAGCAGUCCGUCAACUAAAACAAUACAAUAUUAAAAAUAAUACAUAACAAUAAAAAUAGUGUAGUAUGAGCAAAUUCCUAUGGGCUAUAUUACAACAAUAAAAAAGGUACAAUACAUACCCUGCCAUUACGAAAAUAUUAUGUUAUCAGGCUUAAUUUUUUAUCAUUGCCUAAUAUAAAUAUUAUGGUCCUUUGAUUUUUAACAACAUAUUUUAAAGGAAAAUUCCAUCAGAUACAACUAAUGAGCUAAUCUAACUUAUGACAGGUAGUUUAAUAUUAGUCAGCCAUUAGUUCAACCUCAAUUUUAGAAUAGCAUAAAACAUAUAUUUAAAGUUGACUGAGUAUUUUAGGAGCUAGUAUUUAAUUUAUCCUCGUUUGUGAAAGCCAUGGGUAAAUAAUGUUGUCUAUGGCAAUAUGCUGGGCAAAAUAAAAUGCUAGCUAUCUGCUACAAAAAAAAACUUUGAAAUAUUGGUGAAUCUUCUCCUGUUAAACAUUGGAUUUGCUAUGUUGAUUGUCAACUAUUUGUAUUAGAUUUUUAUUUGUGAAAACUAGCAUGUGUGAUUAUUGCCAGAGAUUGUUGCCAGUGUUAGAUCCAUUUGCUAUUACUGCUCCAGUCAAGGGUGCAAUCGUGAAGGUAUUGACGAAUUAUUCCAAAGAAAGAUAACUGCAAGAGAGCUACAUUUACCAGUGUUUUACGCAUCAUGGUCUCAGGAUUGUAAAUCUGGAAGAAUUCACCUGAUUCAGCUCACAUUAAAAUUUUACAAAUAGUUAAGGUUAGGGCAUGGUCAGCAGGUGUGUCUUUUAUUCUUACAGUCUUAAUUUGUAUGUAAUUCAACAUCACCUUAGUAACUCAUUAGAAUUCCUGCUUUCUGUGAGAACACGUUGAGACAGGCAGACUAUGUGGACCAAAAAGUUGAAAGUGAGCAUGAAUAUAUAGCAAUUGCAGAACAAUACAUCAAAUACAACACUAACCCCAUAUUGAAGCAGUGGUGGCUUAUUGAAGAGGAUGUGUAUGGUUUCCCAGAAUGUCAGGCAUUGAACACCUUGUGUAAAUGAACACCAUGUUCAUCUGACCAGCCGUUAAAGCAAAUGGAGGUCUUGAUGUGUAACUAAUGAUGGCAUCACUAUGUAAUUUUUAUGUAGGAAGAGGGCAUGCCAAUGAAGUAGGCUAUAUAAAGAAAAGAAAUGCAUUAAAUCAUAUACUUCCCAAGAAUGACUGUCUACGCAUGUAAUGUAUGUAUGCAUGUAUUUAGUUAGUGUGCAUUUUUGUUUGUUUUUACAUUUUGAGAAAUGUUGCAACAGUAUGCUUUUUUUUUUUAAAUCAAUAUCAUCUUGUUAGUAACUUGUUAUCUGUGUUGUACUAAUGACCAGAAAAGUGU